UGGAUUAUCAAGCCUAAUCCUAGUGCUAACCGAUAAAGCCACCCGCCGCACGAGGCUACUAUCAAUAGCAUAAGAGCAUCUGCGAUACAUCAAAAUCAUCAUCAUCUUUCAACACAAUAUUUUCAAGAUAAUUAAUUGAUAAUUAGUUGAUAAAUAUGGCAGAUCAACAACCGCCACCGCCCCCUGGGCCAGAUGCUCCCGAUAAAGAGAAGAUGGAACAGGUAAAGAAAGCUAUUUUAUAUGUUGUUAUAUGCACCUGAGAUCUCCAUGGCUAAUCUUUAUAACUACAUCAUAGAUUCGACGCCGCCGCAUGGAGAAGUUAUCUGGUUCCGCAACUUUGAGUUCUGAAAAGAUUUCCGACUCGAGCGUAAAUGCUGCAGCAUCUAUUUCUACCCCACCACAAACUACAACGAAGGAUAAUGCUUCUUCAUCGGUUCAGCCGGUAGUUAAACCCGCGAUCAAUAUCAAACCAGCGAAUGCUACUCCUCCGCCAGCUACAAAUCCCUUCGCAAAGUUGGGCGCGGGGGCAAGCUCUAUUGGGAAUACAUCGUCUGUAAGAACUGAUCCUCCACAACAUGUUCUAGGCAAGCGAUUCAGAACUAAAUCAGAAAUACAGACAGCUUCGCGCCCAUCCACGCGCAAACCUAAUAUCACGGAAGAAUCUCUAGAGGCAUACGAGGAUCGGAUUCUCGCACACAUCUUUCGAGUUACUCUAGAUCCCAAUCAGCGCACAGAUGCGUCGAAUCAUAAACUUAUCUUUUUGCCAGAAUUGAGAAAGGAACUCGAGGAGGAAAAUGCCGAGAUUAGAUUGUCGACCGGGAAGCUUGAUAGUGCUAUUAUGGAAGCUUGCUCUUCAAUCACACACAGUAAAUCCGUAUUCGAUUACUUAUUGCCAUGUUGGAAACGAAUCAUAAAGGCUUCCAAGGGAUUGCGGGGCUAUGCGGGGCAGAAGGAUGCGGUUCUCAAAGAAGCCAAACGCUUAUGUAUGAGCUAUUGCAUCUUUGCGGCCGAAAUGCCUGACAUUUUUCAGUUUGUUUCCCGGGUUGGACGUUUUCAUAUUUAACUAACAUUUUAUAGACGAGAGCCCAAUCCAACUACAGAUGUUCUUACUCCUUACUUUUUACUGGAGCCUGGUGAAGACAAGGGUGUUUGCCCUGACUUUCUCGAGGAAGUUGUAUCUCGCUUCGGAGAGGAUGAUAUGGCAAAGUCUAUGAUCAUUAAGGCAUUUGUAGGCAUGAGUAGUCAGCUAUCCAACAUGACUAUGAAUGACGUUUAUAAACCCUAUAUUCAUGUAAGAAACGCCAAAUUUUAGAAUCAGCAACUAGAACUAAUUUCGUUUGUAGGCCUUUAAAUUACUGACCCAGUUCAAUCCAAUCACGACAGCUAUUGCCGAAUCUCCAUUAUUCCAAAUGGCUGUGUCAGCAAAUACCAUUGAGAGAUAUACGCUACUUGGCCCCUUCUUCAGAAUAUCUCCUUUGCAACUGGAAGUUACUAAGGAGUACUUUGGUUCACCGAAGACAAUGGAUAAGCGACACAUUGCCACAUCUCAGGAUGCGUUACGGUUGACAUUGCAAACCCACCAGAAGGAUUUACUAGAUAUCAUUAAUCAUUUUGUUCGGGCGAGUCCUAUUGCCAAGAACAAGACAUUGGAUUGGUUUGCCUACAUUGUAAAUCAAAAUCACAAGCGCCGAGCACUCCAGGUAGAUCCAAAAGAAGUCUCUUCUGAUGGUUUCAUGCACAACGUCACUGUGGUUUUGGAUGGUCUCUGCGAACCAUUUAUGGAUACCACGUUCUCUAAGAUUUCGAAGAUUGAUAUCGAUUACUUACGGCGUGCGCCUAGGGUAGAUAUUAAGGAUGAGACGAAGUUGAAUGCCGAUGAGAAGGCUUCUGAGAAAUAUUAUGAGGCAAAUGUUUCUGGCACUUCUAAUUUCAUCUCUGAGGUCUUCUUUUUGACGUUAGCUGCCCAUCAUUAUGGUAGUGAAGCUCUCAAUGCUACCCAUAAGAGUUUGGAGAAGGACAUUAAGUAUAUUCAAAAGCAAUAUGCUGCAAUCGAGGCAGAACGUGCCAAAAUUGCUCAGGUAAGUCAAGCAAUUAGACUCGGAAUCUUCAAAAUUCAUUGCUAAUCAAACCCAGGAUCCUCGAGCUGCUGCUAUAAUUGAUCUGAGGCUUAAGAGAAUUAAUGAGGUCUUAGAAAAUGCGAUGUCAAAGAGAAUGGCUAUCGAGGGUGUUCUUUCUGACAAACCUAUGCAAGCAAAGUCUUUGAUCUUCAUGAGAUACGUGACUGUCUGGCUUUUGAGAAUCGCCACGGAGUCGAAUUAUACUCCUAGUCAAACCAUUAAGUAUGAUUACGCACCCAUUCGAACUUAUUUCUCGCACAGCUAACAAAAAUAGAUUGCCUUUGCCAUCAACACCCCCUGAAGCCUUUGAUUAUCUUCCGGAAUAUGUUCUCGAGGACAUCAUUACCAACUUUAACUUUAUCAUACGGUUAGUUUUCUCAUCCUAGGUACUACAGGAAAUUUUCUAAUCUGUUUGUAGAUUCAUCCCUGAUGUUAUGAUUUCAGCUGUUGGCGAUGAAAUCAUUGCACUCAGUAUUACUUUCUUGACAAAUUCUGAAUAUAUCAAAAACCCAUACCUGAAAGCAAAGCUUGUAUCAUUACUUUUCGCUGGUACAUGGCCAGUGUAUCAUCGUACGAAAGGUGUUUUGGGUGAUGUUUUGAUGGGAUCACAAUUCGCUAAUGACCAUUUGCUCCACGCAUUGCUUAAGUUCUAUAUUGGUAGGUUAGAUUGUGAUGCCAAUUUCUAAUGAUGCUAAUGAUUCUUAGAAUGUGAAUCCACUGGAGCACACACUCAAUUUUACGACAAAUUUAAUAUUCGAUACGAGAUUUUCCAAGUCAUCAAAUGCGUAUGGCCGAACGAUGUUUAUAGGCAACGCUUGAUGCAAGAGAGCAAGUAUGUAUACGCCGAUAAACCUGAAGGUGUUAACUAUACUAACACCACUUAGAACCAAUACAGAAUUCUUCUUACGAUUCGUCAACCUUUUGCUGAAUGAUGCUACUUUCGUUCUAGAUGAGGCUCUUACAAAGUUUCCAAAGAUUCAUGAUCUUCAAGUCGAACUCAGAAAAGAAGCAGAAGAACCUACCUUGAGUACCGAGGAUCGAGAGAAGAAAGAAAAUGCGUUACGCGAGGCUGAAGGUCAAGCACAAUCCUACAUGCAGUUGACGAACGAGACCCUCGCUAUGAUGAAAUUAUUCUCUUCUACUCUGAGCGGUUCAUUUACCAUGCGGGAAAUCGUUGAUCGUGUUGCAGCGAUGCUGAAUUAUACACUUGAUACUAUUACUGGGAGUAAAUCAACGAACUUGAAGGUCGAGAAUUUGGAGAAAUACCAGUUCAGACCACGAGCUUUCCUGAGCGAUUUUGUGGAAAUCUACAUUAACCUUGGAGUAUCUGAAUUAUUCGUGGAAGCCGUAGCUAGAGAUGGUCGUUCUUAUAAGCCCGAAAAUUUCGACAGCGCUUCCCGAAUCUUGACACGUUACGGACUCAAAUCCCCGGAGGAUCUGAAUGCUUGGGAACUUCUUAAGGCUCGAUUCAAGACAGCUAAGGAAAUUGAUGAUCAAGCUAACCUUGACAUGGGUGAAAUUCCCGACGAAUUCCAAGAUCCGCUUUUGGCAGAACUUAUGGAAGAUCCAGUUAUGCUACCUAUUAGUAAACAGAUUGUGGAUAGAAGUACGAUUAAGAGUUACUUGUUGAGUGAUGAGAAAGAUCCAUUCAAUCGUACGCCCUUGAAGAUUGAGGAUGUGAUUCCAGUUCCGGAAUUAGCUGAGAGAAUUAGGGUCUGGAAAGAGGAAAUUAAGGCGAGAAAGCGAGCAGAGAGAGCUGCUGCUGCUGCCGAGGCAGACGCGGCUUCAGCGGAUGUUAUGGAUACGUCGGCGUAGUAUCAUUGCAUGAUUUCUAUAUGAUGUGAAGGGUUGGGUGGGAUAGGAAAAUGGAAAUGGAAGAAUUUCUAUACAUACAUAGGGUGCAUUAAAUUAGGACUGUGUUUUUCAUUCAUUGUCUUUUUUUGUUCAUUCGGGAAGGAAGGCAAGCAGACAGGCAAGCAGGAAGAUAGGCGUAUUGAGUUUGGGAAUGGGAUUAAACGAGGGGAGGGGUUUUGAUUUUUUGUGUAGAGAAUGGAAGAUCAAUGAAUGAAUGAUUGAAUGAUUGCAUUGU